AUGUCAUUUUCUGUCCACCUGCCCCGACCCCUUCGCCGCCGCCCCGUGAGACAGGCCCUGCUCCUUGCACUCGUCCUCCUUGCCUUAUUCGACGCCAGCCAAAUCCUCCACUACCAAUCGAGUAUCACAGCCGAAACCGCGCCCGCUCCUCGAUCGUCUGAACGGAUCUACAUCGCUAGCAUACACUGGAAUAAUGAGAAGAUUCUGCGAAGCCAUUGGAAUGAUGCCGUGGUAGAGCUGGCAAAAGAGCUUGGGAAGGAAAAUGUGUUUGUCACGGUGUAUGAGAGUGGGAGUUGGGAUGAGACGAAGAGUGUGUUGAGUGAGCUGGAUGAUAAGCUUGAGGCGCAUAACAUCAGACGCAAUAUCACGUUGUCCAACACCACCCACGUGGACGAACUAUCAAUUGCGGAAGAGAAGAAGACUGCUGGGUGGCUAGACACGGCAUCAGGAAAGAUGCUACGGCGGAUACCAUACUUGUCUCGACUUCGCAAUUGGUCGGUGGACCCUCUGCUCGAGCUUUCACGGCAAGGACAAAAGUUCGACAAGGUCCUGUUCCUGAAUGACGUCGUCUUCUCAACACAGGACGUUCUUCGAUUACUGAACACGAACAACGGAGACUAUGCAGCUGCCUGUUCGCUAGACUUUAGCCGACCUCCGCAGUUUUACGAUACGUUUGCCCUACAAGACACGGAAGGCCACCGGAUGCUCAUGCAGACAUGGCCGUACUUUAGAGCUAAAGAGUCGCGUCAAGCAAUGCUCGCGAGUUUUCCCACACCAGUAGCAAGUUGUUGGAAUGGCAUGGUUGUAAUGCCCGCAGAACCUUUCGUCUCUGGCAAACUCCGGUUCCGGGGCAUUCCAGACUCGCUCGCAGCCUUGCAUCUGGAAGGAUCAGAAUGCUGCCUUAUCCACGUCGACAAUCCUCUGCACACGGCACAGAAGCGCACGUAUGUGAAUCCUCAAGUUCGAGUAGGCUAUAGCGGGGAGGCAUACGAGGCAGUUCAUCCCCAGGCAAUUCUUCGGUCGUUCUUCCGAACCUAUGCAGCGGUAUGGGAAAACCGCAUCAGACGGUGGACGACAUCGCCCCGCACAGCGGAGUGGAAAGUGCGGAGCCGACUUCAUGCGUGGAGACGUAGGACAGAGGAGAAGGAAGCUGGAGAGGUUUGCAUCGUCGAUGAAAUGCAAGUGCUGGCUGACAAUGGUUGGGCACAUGUUUGAGACAAAACAAUGCUUUCACAGUCUACUCCGUCGAUAUGGCCUUAGCUUGGCAUGCGAACAGGCAGCAAUCCUCGAAUUCAAGGCCAAGACCGCACUGAUCAGUUGUCGAACAUCUUCAGAUGUCCAGGAGCCUACAAAGUACGCCUCGUACGUGCACGGGCCUUGUUGAGAUGUCCGUGGUUGCUACUUCACAUUAGGAGGCGGCUCAAGGCGACCAGGAUAAUGAUCAUUCAGCCACACACCCAAGUACAAAUGGACAGUACCCAGCCAC